GGAGGGAGCCCAAGGCAAGGCCACAUGGGCCCUUUCUCUCCCUGGGUACAAGGAUGGAUGGAUAGAUAGACCCAUGGAUUGAUAUAUAUGGACAUAUAUAGAUAUAUGGAUGGAUGGAUAGAUAGACCCAUGGAUUGAUAUAUAUGGACAUAUAUAGAUAUAUGGAUGGAUGGAUAGAUAGACCCAUGGAUUGAUAUAUAUGGACAUAUAUAGAUAUAUGGAUGGAUGGAUAGAUAGAUCCAUGGAUUGAUAUAUAUGGACAUAUAUAGAUAUAUGGAUGGAUGGAUAGAUAGAUCCAUGGAUUGAUAUAUAUGGACAUAUAUAGAUAUAUGGAUGGAUGGAUAGAUAGACCCAUGGAUUGAUAUAUAUGGACAUAUAUAGAUAUAUGGAUGGAUGGAUAGAUAGACCCAUGGAUUGAUAUAUAUGGACAUAUAUAGAUAUAUGGAUGGAUGGAUAGAUAGAUCCAUGGAUUGAUAUAUAUGGACAUAUAUAGAUAUAUGGAUGGAUGGAUAGAUAGACCCAUGGAUUGAUAUAUAUGGACAUAUAUAGAUAUAUGGAUGGAUGGAUAGAUAGAUCCAUGGAUUGAUAUAUAUGGACAUAUAUAGAUAUAUGGAUGGAUGGAUAGAUAGAUCCAUGGAUUGAUAUAUAUGGACAUAUAUAGAUAUAUGGAUGGAUGGAUAGAUAGAUCCAUGGAUUGAUAUAUAUGGACAUAUAUAGAUAUAUGGAUGGAUGGAUAGAUAGAUCCAUGGAUUGAUAUAUAUGGACAUAUAUAGAUAUAUGGAUGGAUGGAUAGACAGAUACAUUGAUUGAUUGAUUGAUUGAUUAAUAGAUAGAUACAUGGUAGUCAAAGGUAAGGCCAAAUGGCUCCUUUCUCGCCGUCUUCUCCAGGAUCUAUGGAUGGAUAUGUAGAUGGAUACCUACCUACUCACAGAGAUACCUAGAUGGGUACAUGGAUGGCUGGCUGGAUAGAUGGAUUGAUAAAUACAUGGAUGGAUAGAUAGAUAGAUCAAUAGUAGUCCAAGGUAAAGCCACAUGGCGUCUUUCUCGCUGUCUUCUCCAGGAUCUAUGUUUGGCUUAUGUAGAUGGAUAGAUACUUACUACAGAGAUACCUAGAUAGGUACAUGGAUGGAUGGAUAGAUGGAUACAUGGAUUGAUGGAGGGAUACAUGGAUAGAUAGAUCGAUAGUAGUCAAAGGUAAGGCCAAAUGGCUCCUUUCUCGCCGUCUUUUCCAGGAUCCAUGGAUGAAUAUGUAGAUGGAUACGUACCUACUCACAGAGAUAUCUAGAUGGGUACAUGGAUGGAUAGAUAGUAGAUCAAUAGUAGUCCAAGGUAAGGCCACAUGGCGUCUUUCUCGCCGUCUUCUCCAGGAUCUAUGGAUGGAUAUGUAGAUGGAUAGGUACCUACUCAUAGAGAUACCUAGAUGGGUACAUGGAUGGAUGGAUACAUGGAUAGUUAGAUAGAUCGAUAGUAGUCAAAGGUAAGGCCAAAUGGCUAUCACCGUCUUCUCCAGGAUCCAUGGAUGAAUAUGUAGAUGGAUAUGUACCUACUCACAGAGAUAUCUAGAUGGGUACAUGGAUGGAUACAUGGAUAGAUAGAUAGAUAGAUAGAUCAAUAGUAGUCCAAGGUAAGGCCACAUGGCGUCUUUCUCGCCGUCUUCUCCAGGAUCCAUGGAUGAAUAUGUAGAUGGAUAUAUACCUACUCACAGAGAUACCUAGAUGGGUACAUGGAUGGAUAGAUGGAUACAUGGAUAGAUAGAUAGAUAUAUCAAUAAUAGUCCAAGGUAAGGCCACAUGGCUCCUUUCUCUCUGUCUUCUCCAGGAUCUAUGGAUGGAUAUGUAGAUGGAUAGGUACCUACUCAUAGAGAUACCUAGAUGGGUACAUGGAUGGAUAGAUAGAUCCAUGGAUGGAUGGAUAGACAGAUGCAUGGAUAGAUAGAUAGAUAGAAGUUCAAGGUAAAGCCACAUGGCGUCUUUCUCGCCGUCUUCUCCAGGAUCUAUGUUUGGCUUAUGUAUAUGGAUAGGUACCUACUACAGAGAUACCUAGAUGGGUACGUGGAUGGAUGGAUAUAUGGAUACAUAGAGGGAUACUGGAUAGAUAGAUAGAUGGAUAGAUAGAUAGAUCGAUAGUAGUCAAAGGUAAGGCCACAUGGUCCUUUCUCACCGUCUUCUCCAGGAUCUAUGGAUGGAUAUGUAGAUGGAUAGGUACCUACUCACAGAGAUACCUAAAUGGGUACAUGGAUGGACGAAUAGAUGAAUAGAUGUAUACAUGGAUAGAUAGAUAGAUGGAUAGUAGUCAAAGGUGAGGCCAAAUGGCUCCUUUACCACCAUCUUCUCCAGGAUCUAUGGAUGGAUAUGUACCUACUCACUAGAUGGGUACAUGGAUGGAUGGAGGGAUACAUGGAUACAUAGAGGGAUACAUGGAUAGAUAGAUAGAUGGAUAGUAGUCAAAGGUGAGGCCAAAUGGCUCCUUUAUCACCAUCUUCUCCAGGAUCUGUGUUUGGAUAUGUAGAUGGAUACGUACCUACUCACAGAGAUACCUAGAUGGGUUCAUGAAUGGAUGAAUAGCUGGAUAGCUGGAUAGAUGGAUAGAUGGAUAGAUAGAUAAUAGUCCAAGGUAAAGCCACAUGGCCGCUUCCUCUCUGUCUUCACCAGGAUCCAUGGAUGGAUAUCUAGAUGGAUACCUACCUACUCAUAGAUCGAUAGUAGUCAAAGGUUGCUGAAAAGUGCCUUUCUUGAAGCUCUCGCGACCGCCGCUGCCGCUUGGAUUUCUGUCUAAGGCUUUGCCUCGCUCACUUUUAAUAUAUAUACAUAUAUAUAUAUAUAUAUAAACACACACAGAUACACACACACAAACACAUAUACCCCUCUUUCCUUUCUUUUUUUCUUUCUUUUUUUUGGUAAAGAAAAAGUUCAGCACUGCGAUUCGUCACCUGAAGGCAACUCAUCCAUCUUUUUCUCACUUCUGUUUUUCGUGCAAAUUUGUUCGGCUGUCCAACUAUGUAGCAAACUCGACUCUCGAAAAGAGAAAUCAAUCAGGAUAGGCAACGCGAAAGGAAGUUGUCACGUCUCUUUCGUUGGUUUUAACACUUUGCAACUUCAUCAGGAUUUUAAUUUUUUAAAAACAAAGAAGAAGAAAAAGGAAGAGGAGAGAAUUGUCUUCAAAAAUAUUUUUCUGCGCUGAAAAACUGAAACCAUACCAUUCGAUUGACCUCCUUGACAACUACCAUUUUUUUUCCUUUUCCCGUUUCUUUUCCUUUCCUUUUUUUGAGGGAGAAUAAUUGAAAUCCAAGAACUGGAGAGCACAGGAUCCUUUUUUGGGGAGAAGGGAGGAUUUCUUUUUAAAAAUCUGCCGGUUAUUUUGAAACAAUAAUUUUGGCAGUGGCACAAAAAUAUUAUAUAUCUAUCUAUCUAUAUAUAUAGACAUACACAUAUAUAAAUAUAUAACAUUUCUAUUUUGACUUUGGCAAUUGCACUUUUAGGAGCUGGCCUCUAAUUUGAUUUUUCUUUAAUUCUGAUGAGAUUUCUAUUUUACGAUUGGCUUUACGUUUGAUCCUUGUUUUCAACAAACACAAAUUGAAUUCAAUGGAAACCUAAGUGCUGACAAAUAGAAAUUUUACCAAAGCAACAAGUUAGUGAUUUCUUCAUGUUUUUUUAACUUGAAUCCCCCCAUUUUUUAAAUAAAAAGAAGCUUUUCUCCCUUGCUUUUCAAAAGCAGCAGAGCAAUCUUUCUGAAGAAAGGUACUGCGCCAUCCAAGUUUUCUUUCCUUCCUUUUUCUUUUUUGUUCCUUCCUUUUGGGAGGACGGGAUCUUGUCGCCGUUGUCGUCGUUUUAAUAUGGCCAUGAACGUUUCUUUGGUUCGCGAUACGAAAUGGCUGACAUUAGAAGUGUGUCGGGAAUUUCAGAGAGGAACUUGCUCCCGAUCCGACACCGAGUGCAAAUUUGCCCAUCCUUCCCGGAGUUGCCACGUGGAAAAUGGACGGGUUAUUGCCUGCUUUGACUCCCUAAAGGGCCGCUGCACCCGUGAAAACUGCAAGUACCUUCACCCUCCGCCGCACUUAAAAACGCAACUCGAAAUCAACGGACGCAACAACCUGAUCCAGCAGAAGACGGCCGCAGCCAUGUUUGCCCAGCAGAUGCAGUUCAUGCUCCCUGGAGCCCAGUUACAACCCAUUACAACGUUUCCUGUGACUCCUUCGCUUGCCACCAGCCCCACCAUGGCGUUCAGUCCCUACCUGAGCCACGUCUCCCACGGAAUGGGCUUGGUCCCUGCUGAGCUGUUACCAAAUACGCCUGUCCUGGUCCCGGGAAACCCGGCGGUUUCGGUCCCGGGCGGCUCCACCGGACAGAAACUCAUGAGGACGGAUAAGCUAGAGGUUUGCCGGGAGUUCCAGCGCGGCAACUGCACCCGGGGCGAGAACGACUGCCGCUACGCGCACCCUAUCGAGGUCGCCAUGAUCGACACGAAUGAGAACACGGUCACGGUGUGCAUGGAUUACAUCAAAGGCCGGUGCUCCCGGGAGAAAUGCAAGUACUUUCAUCCCCCAGCACACUUGCAAGCCAAAAUCAAGGCAGCUCAGCACCAGGUGAACCAAACGGCUGCAGCCGCAAUGGCGCUGCCGCCGGGUGCUCUUCAACCUUUACCAAAGAGGCCAGCACUUGAAAAAAACAAUGGUGCCACCCCAGUCUUUAACCCCAGUGUUUUCCACUAUCAGCAGGCCCUCGCCAACAUGCAACUGCAACCGCCCACCUUUAUCCCGACAGGCUCUGUGCUCUGCAUGGCUCCCACAGCAGGCGUUGUCCCCAUGAUGCACGGCGCUACACCCACCACUGUGUCUGCAGCAACGACACCCGUCACCAGCGUCCCUUUCGCUGCAACUGCUACCGCCAAUCAGAUAUCUCAGUUAUCAGUCGAUGACCUAAACAGCAGCAUGUUUGUCUCACAAAUGUAGACUCCAGCGACAAAACACAAACCCUACUGAAACCCUGAAUUCCAGGAGCUCCCCGGACCUUCCCUUCUGAGCGAGAGGCCAGUCUCCUUGUAUGUAUUCGCCCGUCUUUCCAUCCUCCUACUCCAUGGUCUACAGUAAGCCUCUCGCAGCCGACAUGUUAACCAAAAACUGAUCCAUGGGAAUGUCAAAACAUUUUUCUAAAGAAAAGAAAGCACUAUAUAUAUAUAAACAAUUAACAACAAAAAAAACAAAACAAAACAAACCAGAGCUCUCUCUAGGAGACUGUAUAGCAGUAGGGAACUAUAAUGAUAAGACUUUUGUAACACCUUAACUUUAACACACUUUAAAAAAAAAACUUUUCUUUCUUCUUGUGACUACCAUCAAGACGGAAAGUACUCCGGACUUAAAAUCGUUCUAUUGUCGAUGGAUAAAUGUUCGUCUGGAUUUGUUUUUAUUUUAUUAUUAUUAUUUCAAAGUGUUAUCUUAACUGUUCUGUUUACAUCCUAGUCGAGAUUGAUUUGUCGGAGGAGAAAAGAAAGACAAAAAAGGAGAGAAGAACUGGGCUUCAUUAUCAAUGUAUACGAAACACCCUAUUUUUUCCCCCUCUUUUCGUUAUCAUAACGUUUUCGUAUUUGCUGUCGUCGUUAUGGGUUUCUCUCUUCUCUCUCUUCUUCUUUUUGUACAAAGCUAAGAAUGUUCUAAGAGGGAAACGGGAAAGACGGACGUGGCUUUUUUUGUUGUUGUUAUGGUUUUCAAGAAAGACGUGGAGAAUGUUCGUUUGCUGGAUUUUGUCGGUGGCUUUGCCUUCCGGGAAGGAAAUAAGGAAAAGGAAACCUCCGCCGGGAAUCUUAAGACGCCGUCUCCGGGAAAACGGAGUCUCUAAAAGGCAUUGCCCUCGAUGGCGGGAAAAGGCCGGGAAGCGGAAGGAAGCCAAAAUAGGGAUCGGGUCUUCCUAAGCGCCGAGAAGGGAAGGCGAAAGGGACAAAAGGCGUUUCCAUCAAGUGCCAUUUUCUGCUGCAAGUGGCGCACAAGGUUUCGCAGGGAUUUCGAGUUGCAAAAUGACAACAUUAUAAUGGGGAUAAACCCAGUGCUCAUCUGCAAACUCCAUUGGCAUCGUUACGAAGAAAGCGGAGACACGUUUCUUCCAGGCCAAGAGCGGUGAAUCCGUUCUGAGGAGGAACAUCUGCACUGUGUCGUUAAUGCAGUUUGACCCCACUUUCAACUGCUGGUGGAACCACACUUUGAUUGUGCUUUUCCUGCAGAAUGGGGUCCAACCCAGGAAAGUAGCACCAAACAGCCUUGGAUGUCCCUAAUAACAACAACAACUCUUUAUUGAUUAGUCAGUUUUGACCAUAUCAAAAUAUGUAAAACAUACAAAACGUACACCCUUACCCAUACAUACAGUAAAAUCAUGUAAAACAGUAAAACCAUGUAAAAACAAGGCAUCCUGGCCUACUAGCCUACCAACCCACUCCUUGGUAGUUGUGCAAGUACAGAAUAGAAAGAUUAAAAUUAAGAUUAAUUAUUCCCUUAAGGUACGGUUUAAGCGGGGACAAGGGUAAGUAAAACUAGUGGCUUGUCCAUAGUAAAUUUUAAAUUUGGAUUUUGUUAUUGGCAUUAAUAUCACAGCUGUCCGCUUCCAUCUUCUCGCAGAUGGCCAGUGCUUUUUGUGUAAAAAGGGUCAGUUUUAAAAUAGAGUUUUUAUCUGAACCCCGUAGAAGGAUGUGUAGUUUCUCCUUAUUCUCUAAAUGAGUGUGGUUCUCAAGCAGAGGCUCUAAAUAGAAAGAUCGAAUCCUGUUGUAAUAAGGGCAUUUUAAAUGUCCCUAAUAAGAAUCGUUGUCUUUGGAGAGCAACCCUUUACUCAUGUUGAGUGACUUUAAAAAAUCGAAUUAAAUUAAUUUUUUUAAAAAGGACAGGGAUGCAAUUUUGGGCUUUUUAAGUCAAAACUUUUCCCCAGAGACUUCUUCCAAAGAUGGUGCCACAUUUUGGGCCUUGGCACCUUUGCAGUGCGGUUUCGGCACUCAUCCGUGUCUUGGUGCAAAAGUGGAGAAGGUCUCGUGACCUCUCUAGACUAUUAAAAAAGAGUGAAUUUCCACUCCUGGAUGGCUCUAGGAGCAGUCAUUCGCAUGUAAAAUGAGUCACAGGGUCUUGUGCAGUGCUUUUAUCCCCAUGUUUUCCAAAAACAAUGGGAUCCUGAGGUCCUGGCCCCCAAAACUGCCGCCUUUCUCUGCAUUGAGGACAUCAAUGCCUAUAUCAAGCUAUAUUGGUGCUACUUUGCUGGGUUAUGAAAGGUCUAGGCUUGUGGUUCCCAACUUCUGUUCCGCCAAUGUUUUGGACUUCAGCCCCCAGAAUUCUUCGCUGUUGGCCAAAAUGGAUGGGGCUUCUGGGACUCAAAAGUCCAAAAUGCUUAUAGGGUUCAACGUUUGGGAACCAUUAGUCCUAAUAGGGUUUUGCAGAACGAUUCCUUGGUUUGCCUCCUUGAAGAACAUCCCUUGGCUUUCAUUUCCAGGCGGCAUUAAUUCGGAUGUAAGAUGCCAAAAAAGGAAAAGAAAGGAUCAAAUAUAUAUCCCCAUUUUGGACGAAUUGGUCAAGCAGGCAUAGGCUUUCUUUGUAACUUUGCGAAUGGGGUGGAAUGUGGAUUCAAGUGAAAAUCUUGGUGUAUUUUUAAAGAAAAUAGGUGGGUUUUGCACAACUUGUGGCAGUGCCUCUACAGAGAACAUACCUGAUCUCCAGUAGUCGGAAAGUACAUUGUGUGUGUGUUUAGGGCUGUGUGUGUAUCUAUGUGUGUAUAUAAUAUAUAUAUAGCACACACACACACACUUCUGUUAGCUUUAGAGUUUGAAAGGCAGUUGUGCAUCCCUUUUGAAUGGAUGUCUUGUGUCAUCUUGCCCCUUCCGACUAGCCCCCUUUCCUGUCAUCUUAGAAUGAGACCCAAAACAAUCGCACCUCUCCACACGCAAACAUCUUCGGUAGAUAGAUGUCAAUGGAAUGUAUACAGCCGCAAGUGUUUCCACUGCACCCAUGUCACACUUCCAAAGCACUGAAAAAAGACAACGUGAAAGAGAGAAAUCCACCUCCAAAACAACAGCGGAAGGGAUGGAACGAUGCCCUCUUUAAUUUCUCCAAGGAGUAAUUUUAGCAUUUCCUCAAGCUAGAAAAUCCUCAAAAAUGGCAACAUUUGCAAAGAUUGUUCCCAACCUGGGAAUUUUCUGCAUUAAAAAACCCCCAAUGUGGUUUGUUUGUGCAGGAGACAGAAUUUUCGGUGUUUUCUGCACACACAAAAAUGCUUUCUUCAUGCACAGAAAGGCUAUGUUUACCAUCAGAGAAUACAGUGAUCCCUCACUACUUCACGGUUCACUUUUCGCGGAUUCAUUGCUUUGCGGUUUUUCAACAAACUCUAAAAGACUAUUAUAAAUCAUAAAAAAUUACAAUUUACAGCCUAAGGAAGGGAGGAAGGAGAAGCCAAAGAGAGAGAAUAGGAGCCCAAGCGGCAAUGGGAGGAGAAGGAGAUGAUUUAUCAACACAUGGUUGGUUGAUAAAGACUUAAAAUAGUGUAUAACUACUAAAAUAAUGUAUAAAUAUUAAAAUAAAUAUAGCGUCCCUACUUCGCGGAUUUUCAUUUAUUGUGGGUGGUCCUGGAACCUAACCCCAGUGAUAAGUGAGGGAACACUGUAAUCCAUCUUUCCUGCAUAGAAAAGUAGUAUUUUCUACACAGAAAAAUUAUCUUUCCUGCACAGAAAAGUCACAUUUUGUGCACACACAAACAUUAGUGUUUUCUGCACAAAACUAUGUUUCGUAUACAGAAAAUUGUGCUCCUGGCACAGAAUAAUUGUAUUCUGCAUUAAAAACAGCAGGUUUUUCACAUAAACAAGUUUUCUGCACAGAAAUUUGCUUCCUGCAGAGACAUCAUGUAGUCUACAAAGAAAAAUCAUUUACAUGUACAGAAAAGUUAUGUUUUCUGUUCCAAAAAAUCAUGUUUUCAGCACCAAAAAUCAUGUUUUUUGCACAAUUUUUAAAUAGAAAAAUUGCAUUUUUGUUAAUGUGCAAAACCCCCUACUUUCUUGCAUAGACAUGUCUCAAAUUGCAAAAAUUUGGCAACUCCUCUCCCUUUUCAUUGCUGAAUUUAUUUUGUAUGUUCUUUCCAUCCCUAACCGACGGCUUCCGGAAGGUUGGAUUUCUGCACUUUCAGGCCACACUCAAACCAACACACCUUUUCUUAAGGUCUAGUGAUAGUAUCCAAGAUAGAAUCUUUUUAGGUGCCACAACCAUUUUUUAUUAUUAUGUAAGAGGAGGAAAGCGAAGCUUGAAGCACGGGGAAUGUCACCAAAUUCGACACAAAAGGGCUGGGCUGGGUGGGUGAAAACACAAUGUUAUUGUGAGGAUAGCACUAUUUAAAGGCUUCUUGUGCAAUGACUUCUUUAUUCAAGAAAGAACGAAAACUCAGUCGACAGACUCUAAAAAUAUAAACCCUAAAUAGGUGCGCUCUAUUUACAAAGUCGUUUGGCGACUCUAAACAAAUUGUCACAAAACUCAGAUUCAGCUUUUGUUAAGUUGACUCCCGAGAUGUAUGUAAAGUUUGUUUGAAUCAGUCUAAUUUCAGCAACUUUUCUUAUAAAGCUUCCCGGGUUCGACAAACAUAUAUAUAGAUAUAUUCUUUUUUUUAAUUUAUCCAAAGUUCUUUCUUUCUUGUGCGCACAUGCGUUUUUUAAAAUAUAUAUAUAUACAUAUAUAUAUAUAUAAACCUAUAUAUAUAUAUAUUGGUGGAUGUGUGCCGGAUUCCUCUCAGCCUUAUGCAAACAAUAUGCAAGAAAUGCUGAAAACUUGAGUAAAACGGGUCAUUGCAGAGGGAAAAUAAAUGAUAAAGUGGAUCGAUCGUUUUUGAGGGGGGGGGAUUGUUGUACCGUGAAAAGAAAUGAAAAUGUAAAAAAUAAUAAUAAUACUGUUACUAAACUGUUAACAUACAUAUUCAAACAAUGAAAGAGGGAUUUGAAAUACAAUGGAGUCUUUAAAAUGAUUGAUUACCUUUAAGUACCGUCUUUUUAUGGAUUGACACAUAGUUCUUCAUAAUCAGCCAUUUAAUGUCUUUGUUUAGUAUGAAAUAGGUUAUGGAUUUGUUUUUAAACAAGAAAAAUGUCCUGUUUGCAUUUUACAAAUAUUGGGUAAUAUUCUGUAUUAGCUACUAAGUUAGAUAUCCAUUAUUAAGGCCUCGGUAUCCACUGUGGGACCCUCUAUGGAUACCAAAAUCUGAGGAUGCUCAAAUCCCGUUAUAUAUACAAUGGUGUCCUUAUAUAAAAUGGCAAAACCAAGGUUUGUUUUUUUGGAAUUGUAAAAAAUAUAUUCAAAUUGCGGAUGGUUGUAUCCUUGUAUACAGAAGCCGUGGAUACAGAGGACCUUAACUGAUCAACUUCUCCAGGUUUCUCGAUUCCCUCCAAAUUUGAUGGAAACUCAAUUCGAUCUCCAUUCAACAGAAGAAUAGAUCUCUUUCCAUCAAGGUUUAGAGGGGCUCAGACCAGGAGAGGUUGUUUCACUAAAUAUAUUUAACUAAAUACUUGAUAUAGAAUAUGUCCCCUUAAAUAGAGUUGUGUCCUCGGCCCUUUCCCAAAUGGCCGGCCCACCACAAUCCACUUGCGAACGCUUCCAAACACUCGUUGAUCUGCCAUGUCUUGCAUGCUGCACUUUUUGAGCGUUGGCUCGUGGAAAUGCCAUGAUGGGCUAGCUGAUCCAAACCCUUGGCAAAGUGGCAGAAUUUCUCCUAGCCGAUCUGGCUUUAAAAGAACUACUCCCCACCACAUUGGUGUACUUGAAUCUCGCCUGGAAAAAAAAUUAAUUGCACCCAGACUAGGGAUUGAAACAGAGAAUGGAAAUGUAGACAGAGGAGAUGUCACCUCACAAUUGAGAAGAUGUAUCUAUCCAUCACCAUUGAGAUGUCUCCUCACUGCUGAGAAGAUGUCUCCUUACCAUUAAGGAGAUGUAUCUUCAUCAUUAAGAAGAUGUCUCCUCACCAUAAAGAUGUCUCCUCACUGUUGAGAAGAUGUCUCCUCACCAUUGAGGAGUUGUCUCUUCAUUACUGAGAUGUCUCCUCACUGUUGAGAUGUAUCCUCUCCAUUGAGAAGUUGUUUCCUCACUGUUGAGAAGAUGUCUCCUCACCAUUGAGGAGUUGUCUCUUUGCUACUGAGAUGUCUCCUCACUAUUGAGAUGUAUCCUCUCCAUUGAGAAGUUGUUUCCUCACUGUUGAGAAGAUGUCUCCUCACCAUUGAGGAGUUGUCUCUUCACUACUGAGAUGUCUCCUCACUGUUGAGAUGUAUCCUCUCCAUUGAGAAGUUGUUUCCUCACUGUUGAGAAGAUGUCUCUCCACUAUAGAGAUGUCUCCUCACCAUUUAGAAGAUGUCUUUUCACCAUUGAGGGGAUGGAGGUAACUUUGAUCCCAUUGAGUUCCUUUGGUCAUUGCUCAAUCCCAACAUGUUACUUAAUUUGGAGUAUGCGAUAUGCAGCAGUGCACUUAUGCAACAGUGUGCUGUGUAUAGCAAUACACAAAUUGUGAGCUUGCAUAGUUUGCCAGUUCCAACUGGAUUCUGUCCAGCACUUUUUUGGAAGGUAAAUACAACUCCCCAAAUCUGGUAGGCUUGGCUCAAGUUGAUCCCUUGAAUCAACUGAGGACCCAAAGGCUGUAUCUCCACUGUUGAAUCGAUGCAGUUUGAUGCCACUUUCGUUGGCUCAGUGCCAUAGAAUCCUGGGAGAUGUUUGGUGCCUCCCCAAACUACAGUUCCUAGCAUUCAAUCGGCACAACCAAUGGCAUUGAAAAUCGGGCCAAACUGUAUUCAUUUGACCCAAAGUGGAGUCUUCCAUCUCUUGUUUUAUCCCUUAUAUAUUUCACACACAUAAAAGAGAUGAGAGGGGAGUUUGUGAAAAAAAAUCCAAUUGAAUUUAUGGCGAAAAAUGGAAUUACACCCUCCUUCUGAAGGAUGUAUGUUGCAGACGAUUGGACUUUUACCAUGUGCCUGACAAAGGCCUUAGAAUAUAUUGUAUGUUAAAGACUGUAAUAACUUUUUAAAGAGAAAAAAGAAGCUAUUAGUUGAUAGCCUAAAAUAACUGUAAAUAGAAUUUGAAAAUAAAACACACACAAUACACACAGAAGACACACACAUUGUAACUAGGCUACAACAGGUUAAUAACUCAUGUUAUGUUCUUUUCCAUUUCUUUUAUUUUUAGUUUUAAAAAGAUUUUUUCAUUAUUGCUUUUAUAUAUAUUAUAUAUAUAAAUAUAUCUCUUUAGUAACUAAUGACUUUAAUUUUUGAAGGAGAGUUAGAGAAUGUUUAAGAUUUUUAAGAUACAUGUAUUCAACUCAUUUAGUUAUCUUCUAAAAAACAACAACACUGAAGCGCAUGUCAAGAUAUAGAAAAAUUUACAAAAAAAUAUAUACAGUCCAUAACUAGUUUGUAUAGUUUACAGUUCAAGAACAAACAAACAAAACGGAUUAACUUUGUAUGUAACUCCUACAAUGAUAGAUUCAUUGUUAACUAAUUAUAUUAAGUUGUUGUUGCUAUGGCAACAAAAACUACAACAUGGCUACCUUUGUAUACAUUAUUUGUGAAAUUUUCACAUGUAAAUUUGAGGAGAAGAAAAAAAAUCUUAAGGUAAACGUGUAACAGUAUGGGUUCGUUUUAAGGUACAGUUCGAUACUGUCGGAGAAAGAGAUGACUGAAUAUUUUUAAAAUCCCAAAGUCCCAUGUGAACGCUGGAUUUGUGUCUUGGAUGUCACUUUUUCAGUCAAAAAGUUUACAACACAUGGAUUUAGAGUCAGGUUUUAUAGCUUGUAGAAAUUGUUGUGUGGGUCGGGUCAUUCCACAAUAUUUCCCUCCGUGAGCGCUCACUUUUGUUUCCUCGGCCUUUGAACCAAACGUCAGAAAAGUCAAGUUCAGAAUUCAUUGCCUUUAUUUUGGCCAAUUCCAAGAAUUUGGUGCAUUUAUUAUUAUUUGUUGCCAAUCCCAAGGAAAGACCAUUUUUGCAAAAAACAAGGAAAUAUCACCUUUCGGAAAGUCAUCAUGACUAAAGACUGUUGUUGUUGCAUUUCAUAGAGGACUUUCCUCAUUUCAAAACCAUAGUGCUGUCAUUCUGCUCUAACUACCAUUGUUGUGUAUCCUGGGAUUUGUAAACAUUCAAUGCCAUUAUACAGUUAACAAGGACAGACAAUACACAGACAGAGGUAAAGGCUUUCCCCAUCUUUUCCAUUUCCAGCAUCUGGAGGCUGAGCUCAACUAUUGCUCCAUCUUCCAUGCCAAGGAGCUUUGUCAUCCUUAAACAUCCUCCGGAUCAAAUUGCCUUAUUGGCACCUAUUAUAAGUUCACCACUUUUUAAGAGCGGUAUUUAUUUAUCUACUCACAUUUCUGCUUUCAAUCUGCAAGGUGGACAGAGAGCUGGGGCUGAUGGCGGGUGCUCACCCCGACCCAAGCUUGAACUGCUGACCUUUCAAUUUUCUACAGCAUAUUCUGCAGCUUAGCAGUUUUGCCCGCUGAGCUAAGACCAGCUCUAUAUCUGUUUGAAGAUACGUCCCCAAACUUACAAUGGAAAGACUAGUGAAACCUAUUGAAAUGAAUGAUUCAGUGGCCAUAGUGUCUCUCUGGAGGGCCAAGAAAAUUCUUAGAGAGGUAUCUCUAAACUGCAAAUUGCAAGAUCUUCCAGAGGAUAUUGUCAGUGGAAUCCUAACUCCAUAAUUUCGUAAUAUCGAAAAUUUUGUUGCAAUUUAACAUUUGCGCAGAAUGAUGUACUAAGGCUACAUUUAUGUAAAUCUGUAUCAUUUUUGCAUGGAGAAACUCAAUGGGUUGCAUUUCUAUGCAUGGAAUGGUAGCACCAUACUUGCCUAAUGUGAAAACUCCAUGGGAUAUUACCAUGGCAGUUAAAGUGGAAUUAAAGCACUGUUAUUGAGUCAUAUGAAAAAGAUCCCCAGAAUUUCGCUCUGGCUAACAUUUACUCCAAAUUUUGUGCGAAAAUGAAAUUUUUGCAUAAUUUCUCAUGGAGAAACCCAAUAUAUUUGAUUUCCAUCAAUGGAAUUUUUCACCUGGAAAUGAAAUGGAUUCUGAACUGUGCAUUUCCCAGUUUCCCUUCGUUGUCACUCAAAAAUUCAGAACGAAACAGUUGGAUUACAAAAAAUGCAAACCUUCCUUUAUCAUUGAAAGCCUGGGAAAUAGCUAGCUAUCUAUAUAAAUAUAUAUAAUCUAUAUUUUUAUUUAAAUUAUCAGAAAGAGGACAACAUGUACAUACAAAAACCUCCCAAAAUAUUGUGGAAUGACCCUAUAACAGUGUUGAAGAUUUCAAUAUGCUGCAGAUAAACUGAUUCAGUUAGUGUACGAAUGUGUGAGACACACCUUUUUGCACUUAUGUACAUAGUCCACGAAAGAAAUCCCUUGGAACUUAUUUUGAAUAUAUUAACGAUAAAAAAGUCUGUAAUAAUACAAGGAAAAAAGUUUGUAAAAGAGAUUACUAAGGCUUUGAAAAAAAAGGAAAGAGAUUUUUUGCUAUAAAACUUAUCUGAACGCAUGAUGUUGCUUUGCUAUUGUACAAGCUUUUGUAGUUUGCCAUAUAGCUGACAAUACAGCGGACUGAUACCGGGCCACCUUCAACCUGCAGCUCAGAAAAUGAAAUCUAUAUAUAAAUUAUAGGAAACAGAUGCUUAAUUUGAAAAUAAAAACAGGCAAGGUCAGCAGCAAAGGUUUUUAAACACUUCGCCAAUGAUCAAAAUUUGGACACAUUAAGUUCAAGUGUUUCGCUGUAUCAACCCAAAGGCCUGUUUGGUCCAACUUUCUUCCGGAGCUUGAAAAAUCACAUUUUUUGGACGGCAACAUCUAGCGUCCUCCAAACACAGACCAUAAUGGCUAGGCAUACUGGGAAUUUUAAUAAAAAAUAGGUGCAUUUCCAAGCACCCAACAAUUGGUGCUCAAUGCAGAUUCAAUACCUGAUGGCCUUGGAUAGCUCUGUCUUCUUUCAUUGAUUGGUUGCAUCUUUCACUGGUUGUAUUGGGACUCUUUGUUCUAAAUUUUUUAAUAGGGAAAGUUGGGUUAACAAGUGUUAAUUAUUAAUUGAGGUAGGGAGGGCUCCAUCUUGAACUGGUAUGAGUUAAACCAACUCAUCCUUUGUGGAGACAGAUUUCCAGCCCUGUGGAGAAAGCAAUGGUGGCACCAGAAAGUAUGGAGAGUUUAGUCUUCUUCUCUUGGACUUCUAUGGUCAAACUCUCCUCUAGAAAUGCCCUAUUCCUGGUUUAGACUUUUUGGGUCAGGAUCAUUUCAGGAUCUGAACUUUGAGGGGAACUAAACCUGAAGGACACCCAAUUGUGGAUGCAUUGAAAUUCCAUACUAUAAGCGUCAAUCACAGCCCCUUCUGGAGCGUGUUAUUCAGAUAUGUGUUACAAACGUAGUUACAAACCAUGUGAAGUCGUGAUGUUGGUUUUCCAAACUCUGCCCUUUUCAAUUGUUUUCUCCAGUUCUAUUUUAAAUCCCGUUGAAAGCAUUAUUUUUAAGAGCACAUGGGACAUGUGGUUCGACCAAUUUUCCAGGCUUUGGUUUCAACCAUGAAUUGUUUCUGGUAGCUGCUUCAAAGCAGACUGCGGCAAAGACACAGGCGAGUGCUGUUUUCAAGGCAGUGCUCUUGCCCUGAGGUUCUUCCCUCCUGUCCUGAGAACUAGAAAAGACAUCCUAGGCCUUGAGAUGUAGAAACUGUACUUAUGCUUAGCAUGCAAGUCAACCCAUACCACACUUGUAAGUAGAAAGGAUAUCUCCCUAAGUUCUCCAGUGCAGUUCUAUGGCAUGCUAGGACCACAACUUGAGGUCAGCUUGGCCUUGUCUACAACAUGGCAUAAGUGGUGCCAUUGCUACUCAAAGGGAGCUCAGGUGAGCAUCAAAAUCAUGAGUAGACAUUGAAGAGUUCUGUUGAGUUGAACUGGAAGUUGGCUGUAUGGUAGGAAACAUCAUGAAAGGUUCUGAAGACCACCUCAGGACCAUUGUCCACCAGGAAUAUACCUCUGGAUGAACUACCCAACUUGAAGGAACAUGAAGCCCUAAUUAUGGCUUUAUCUGUCACACACAUAUGCAGAAAAGAGUAGGCAUGGUCCUGUGAUAGCUUAUAAGUGGGAACAUGAUUUGCAUAUCUUUCGCUGGAGAAGACCUUGGCGAAAGAUGCCCCAAGCAGUUACUAGGGUUGUUGAAGCAAACAAAGUAGUCAAAGAGUCCUGUAGUCCCUUAGAAACCAAUCCACUUAAUAGAGGUCCAUCUUUUGUCGACUCUUGUGUUAUUGUACCCAAUAAAUAGAUUGUUCUUUGAAAGUGUAAGCUCUCAUGAAUGUCUUAAGAUUGCGACUGAACCUUUAGAUUCAAGAUGUCAAGAGAAGGUCCAUCAUUGGUCCUCCUGGAAAGACAAGCAUUUCCCCCCUGUUGAUAAGAAAUGUGGAUUCUCAUAGACUUGUGCAUCCAUUGUGAGUUGAAGGGGAUGGAUUUUCUUUGCUACUAAGGCCAUAAAGGUUGAUGGACAUCCAACUUGGGGGAUGUUUGCAGAAAGACAGUGUUACUAGGGUUUAAGGGGUUGUUAAUGAAAUAUAUGAAGAAACAGAAGGUCAAUAGAGGAGCCAAGAAAAAAUCAGAUCUAAUACAGAAGUUCUCCAGAAAUACAGAGAGUUGGUUGCUCUGAUGGAUCGAUUUUCCAACCCAACCAGUGAAAACGAUGGCGAUUGAAGAAGGAAGCUCAGCCUCUAUGGCACAAAAUAUCUUUUGCUGGUGACCUUGACCGCCAUAUUUUCAAUAAUCCAGAAAAGGCACAUGCCUCCAGAGAAGGCAGCCAAAAAACAACAACAACAACACACAUGCAAAAACCAAACCAACAACAACACAGCAAUUGCAAGGAUGAAAAACCAAGUGGGUCUUUUUCCAAAACACACAACAGAGGGAAAUUACCUGACGUGGAAUAAUUACAAGGUUCCAGAUCUUUAUUACUGUACACAGAUGCUAUUUGAUCGUGGUGGAAGCCAAAAUGAUUUUGUUGCCAUGGCGCUUGUGUCCUAGCAGCUGGGGAGGGGGGGGGGAACAUGACCGCUCACAAAAAGUGGAGAGAGGGUGGGGAUCGUCACCCGAAUCCGCCAUCUUUAAAACUGUAAAGCCCCAAAGAUGAGGAUAAUUCUGCCAAAAUUCGGAUGCCAAUGCAAAUCCCAUUGUCGGAAGUAAGAGGUCGACAUUUUGAUCCAAUGACACUUUUUCCUAGGAGUCAACCUCAUUGGGAUUUACCAUUCAAUGGGAUUUACCAUUUAAAUAGACACGUAUAACAUGGGGAUUUUUUUGUUUAGUUUGCUUAAAGAAAAAUAAAUUUAAAAUGAGAAGUGUUGAGUCGUGCUCUUAAGUCCAAUUUGGGUGCACCAAAUCCCCAAUUCCCCCCACUGAUCCCAAUAUUUUGCUUCGUAAAGCAAACUAUCCCUUUGCCAACCUCAGAUAAUCCUUUUUGAAAAAACAACAACAUAAUGGAAAGUUUUAUCAAUUUGGUCACAUUGUAUGUUUUGAGUUUACACUUUCACAGCAGGAAAAUAAGGAGUUCAUGUUCUGAAUUGGCUAAUUAUUAUUAAACUUCUUACCCGCCUCUAUUUUAAGUAUACAGUAGAGUCUCACUUAUCCAACAUAAACGGGCCGGCAGAAUGUUGGAUAAGCGAAUAUGUUGGAUAAUAAGGAGACAUUAAGGAAAAGCCUAUUAAUCAUCAAAUUAGGUUAUGAUUUUACAAAUUAAGCACCAAAACAUCAUGUUAGACAACAAAUUUGGCAGAAAAAAUAGUUCUAUACGCAGUAAUGCUAUGUAGUAAUUACUGUAUUUAUGAAUUUAGCACCAAAAUAUCACGAUAUAUUGAAAACAUUGACUACAAAAAUGCGUUGGAUAAUCCAGAACGUUGGAUAAGCGAGUGUUGGAUAAGUGAGACUCUACUGUAACAUACUUAAAAUACAGUGUUCCCUCACUACUUCGCAGUUCACUUUUUGUGGAUUCGCUGUUUCGCAGUUUUUCAAUAAACUCUAAAAGACUAUUAUAAAUAAUAAAAAAUUACAAUUUACAGCCUAAUGAAGGGAAGAAGGAGAAGCCGAAGGGAGAGAAAAGGAGCCCAAGCAGCAACGGGAGGAGAAAGAGGUGAUUUAUCAACACACAACUGGUUGAUAAAGACUUAAAAUAGUGUAUAACUAUUAAAAUAAUGUAUUAAUAUUAAAAUAAAUAUAGUGUCCCUACUUCGUGGAUUUUCACAUAUUGCGGGUGGUCCUGGAACCUAACCCCCGCGAUAAGUGAGGGAAAACUACAUUGAUAAAAAUAUAAAACCAUUAAAAUACAUGCAGACCUAGGAUCAAAACUCAUUAAAAUCAGUUAAACGGCAGCUUAAAUCCACAGUUUAAAACGGACUGCAUGGACGGUUUUAUGGAGCCAGAUUUCACAGUUUAUUGGAACAAACAUAUAUCUCUAAUUACAUGUUACUCUAAAAUCCAAACAAAUUGGUUUUCAAAGAGGAUUUUCUGUUUCCUUUUGGUUGGCAAUCUUUGACAUGGAAAGGUUCGUUUUGGAAUAACGCAUUGACCACUGUAAAAUAAAACACAAGCCUAGUAGUACCUUCCCCCAUGGGUUUUGAAUGGGAAAGAAGCAUUGGCACACUGUUCAAAACCGAGGGGUGUUAUUGGGAUAGGCAUUUUGGACACCCUUAAAUUCAAGCCAUUCGGGUGGGGACCCCAUUGUGUUUGCCUCCAUCCCGGAGACUUCCGGGCGCACGUCCACAGGUUUGGAGGAGUCCGACCCUUAAAGCACCCCCCCUCCUCAGCUGCUAUCAACGGGGUCUGUAUGCUUUGGGUUUCUUUUCCUUUUUGCCACAUUUAUAUUGCCGUAGUGCUUGUUUGUGCUUUCUAGAAAUGUGCAUAACGUGACUCAUUUUACUAUGUUACUUCUAUCUUGUUAUUGUUUUGUUUUCUUUUUUUUUCUCCUGGAUCUUUUAAUAAAGUGUACAAAAUCCUC